GGUGAGGCGAGGCGGCGGCUCGCGCCCGCCGUAACCGCUCCCCAUCCCGCCCGCUGGUGCCGCCCUCAGCAUGGCGACACGGUAGAGGAGCGGCUGCGCCGGGGCGACCGCCCCCUCCCGCCUCCUCGGCACGGGCACGGCGCGCCGCGGGCGAGCGAGCGGCCUCGGCGGCGCUGCUGCCGCCGGUGCCCCGCACAGGGCUGAGCGGCGGCGGACGAGGAGGAGGAUGGCGGCAGCGGUUGCGGCGGCGGCGGGCACAGCAGCAGCAGGAGCAGCAGCAGCAGCGGCGGCGGGGCCGAGCGGCCGCGCGGCGGGAGCCAGCACCGUCCCGAGCAGCUCAUGGUGGCGCCUCAGACCCGCCAGCAGCGGCCGCGCCGGGGCCGCCAGCUGAGCCGGAUCCCGGCGGGCGGCUCUCCCCUCUCCACACCGACCCACCGAGCGAUCCGUCCCCCUCCCCCGACGCUCCCUCUCCCCUCUCCCCGGCGCGACCCGCGCCUCAGAUCGCCCCCGCCGGGGCCGGACUGUCACCACCCCCGGGCGCCGCGGGGAAGGCGGCGGCGAAGGGCACCGGGCAGCGCCAGGCGGCGGCGGGACCAUGGGCGCGAAGCAGAGCAGCCCCACCGCCGCCAAUGGCCGCACUCGGGCGUACUCGGGCGGGGAUCUGCCUUCCUCGAGCAGCAGCAGCAGCGGCGGCGGCGCAACCCGGAGCAGGUCCCUGGGGGGGGCCACCGCCUCCGGGGCCCGGGCGGCGCAGUCCGCCUUCAACAUCCCCCACAGCAGCGGCCCCUACGGCUCGCAGGACUCGGUCAGCAGCACCCCGGAGGAGGGCGGCCGGGAGCGGCCCGCGGGGGGCGGCRGCGGCGGCAGCUCCUCCGGCGGGCCCCGGCUAGUGAUCGGCUCGCUGCCCGCGCACCUCUCGCCGCACCUGUUCGGAGGAUUCAAGUGCCCUGUAUGUUCAAAAUUUGUAUCUUCUGACGAAAUGGAUUUACAUCUUGUGAUGUGUUUGACAAAACCAAGGAUAACCUACAAUGAGGAUGUGCUGAGUAAAGAUGCUGGGGAGUGUGCAAUAUGCCUGGAAGAGCUGCAGCAAGGAGAUACUAUAGCACGGCUGCCUUGCCUCUGCAUAUAUCAUAAAGGCUGCAUAGAYGAAUGGUUUGAAGUAAAUAGAUCUUGCCCAGAGCAUCCAUCAGAUUAAGASAAGAUUCAUAUUUUUAGCUGCUUCCACUGAUCAGAAAACAUAGGAGAUGUGAGGUUCCCUUGCUGAACACAGCGUGCCUGGCUUGAUACUUACAGUUCUUUGUGGCUGAAAAAGGCAAAGAUGGACAGUGACACAGAGAAAGCAUYGCAGACACCAUUACUUGCCAGUAGUGCUCGGUAUACCAAACACUCAUGCAAAGGACACACAGGGAUUUUGAAAAUGCUGCACAUCCUGUAACAAUCGACUCCCCACAGACAUUACUGACACUAUUUUGUAUCGAAGGCCAAAGUUCCUAAUUUCAGCCUAACUUCUGGUUCUGUGAAGAAGCRAGUUAUUGGACGUGUUUCCUACUGCCUCCAGUGGAAGCGGAGACGUUCGAUACGUGCUGUCUGAGACCCUUGCAAGAGGACGGCCCCAGAUUUGAGUGGGAACGUUUUCACCUUCUCGUUUGCUGAAGAACAGUAAAUGGCAAACUAAAUAAAAUCUAACAGUGUGACCUUAAUUUACUGAAUUCACACCCUGUUUUACGUUCUUCACUUUUUUCAAGAACAGAAAACAUAAACCACUCUGCGUAGGAAUACUGUAUUUCAAAGUUUUGUAACUAAACCUUUGUCACAAUGCAGUCCAAAGAGUAAAAACAAGACAGGUAACUAAUUUAUACUGAUCAAGCUAUAGAGAUUGUUGAAAUCUGCACAUUGUAUUGCUAUUUAAGUAACUAAAAUGUCUCUUUUACUGCUUGUGAGUAAAAACAACAGAAAAAAAUGCAGCAGAGCAAAAUCUUACAGCUAUGCAACUUUUUUUAAAAUAGGAAAAAGAAAAGAAUUACCAAUUUUAAGUGCUGCCAGUUAAGGUAAUUUGUUUAACGGGUAUUUUUUUAAAGAUGUUUCAGGUAAUUAUUUUAUUGUACUACUCUCAUCUCCAGGCUGCCUCCUGAGGUGUAAAUGAAUAACUGCAAAUGUAGGCACAGCGAGAGGUUUUUAUAGGCAUGGGCAAGAUAACAUCGAGGUGGGAUUUGUGUUUAUUUUUUUCGAACAUGCGCAAGUUCAUGUUUCCUUGUUUGAAUGGUUUUGGUGGCAGGAUCUGUAGUACUUUGCAUCUAAACCUUUGGUGUCUUCAUGUGGAGACCAGCAUUUGACAGUAUGAGUUUUUGUUUUGUUUGGGCUUUUUCUUUCCUUUGUUUUUUUUAAAGCAUCUGCAUUUGUUUAAUUUAUUAUUAUUUUUCUGUAUUAUAUUUGUAUAACCAGAGCUCCACAAAACACAGGAUGUCUCUGGGUGGGUACACCAAGUAAAACUGUGGAUAAAUGUUAGUUCCCACAAAGUAUCACAGUUAAAAUAAAUAAUUUUUUUWAAAAGACAGGGGRAAAAAAGAAGACAAUGAACUGGAACAGAUAUCAGGGUUUAGAAGCAUACUUUUUGUAUCAAGAAUUAAUCAUAGUAGUUUCUGAAUUUCACAACACAGGGAAGAGUUUAUGAAUAUUCAUUAGCAACAGCAUUCUUCGUAAGUUUCAAUAGUUAUAAUAAGUUGCACAACACUUCAAAUGUUUUUCUUGUACAUAAAUAAUUCUGGUUUUCUUUUUUUGUUUGUUUUGUUUUGUUUAAGUACACAUUUCUCUCUGUUGCUGCUGUGAUUCAUAUCAAAAAGGGCAAAGAACAGGAGCAACUGCUGCUAUCUGGAGAACAAGUGCAGUGCAUGUUCCUAAACUCUCCCAUCUUGCUUGAAGAGCAGUUCUUCCUUGGAUAACGUUUUCUCCUGAAUGUUGCUCUGUAAAAUGCCUUUGUUACGCUGCAAAUCUAAAGGAGUCCAAACUAGAUAAUUGUUGUAAUUGCCARUGCGGUUUCUACACUUUUGGGCUUGCAUCAUUGGUUUCAGCUGAAUCUGUAACUAUGGGACCCUGUUGAAUUCUCUUUUUCAGUGGAGCAGAAUCAUUUUGUCACACGUCCGAUUCUGUAGUCACAUCAAAUGUACAGUCAUUCCCUGUACAGAGUCCUUUUUCAAUGAGAACAUUUGUGUUGCCUUGUAUUACCUUGGGGGAGGGAGGGAGGGGAUGAGAAAUUACAGCACCUGUAAUGCUCAAAUAUUGGUGUUGCCUGCAGGCCCACUUUUCCAAUGUUUUAAACCCCUGAUAUCUUCUGAAAGUACARCUUUUCCAUUCGCUUUGAUUUAAUGUUUACUGUUGGCUCCAUGCCUACAGAAACUCACCUGUAGUAAUGUCAAGGGGGUAGGUCAGUGUUUUGAUGUCCUGUCUCCAAAGUCAGAGAGAGCCUUUGGCUUGGGGGUUAAGUUGGUAAAUAUUACAAACAUAAAUCUGUUUGCAACUUGAACUCAGUUUUGGUAGUUGUUACUUCUAGUUCACUCACUGUUUCCUCAAAAACCCUAAUUUUCUGUAUUCAGAUGGAAGUAGCUGAUUUAAAGACCCAGCAGUUAGGACUGUUGUCCCAUGUUUAGGAAAAAUGUUGGAAAAGCACGUCACUAGCCAUUGCACUGGUGAUGUUUUUGCAGGCACGRGUCCAUCGCUGCUUCCAUAAGCACAAUAGAGCAGCAAUUCCUUGGAUUAUUUGAGGAACUGAAACAAGGUCAGCAUUUAGUUUCUUGGUAUCCAUAAAUCUCUUCUGAAAGACUAUGGAAGGUUUUCUUGUAUUGAAAUCUGUAAUGUAGACCAAGCCCGGAAUGACCCUGGAAGCAUGAGAGCAAUGUUUGGGUUUGAAAACAUGUGUGAAAACUCACCCAGGUAAGCUUUCUGUCACCAUCAGCUGGUGAUGACCAUGCUGUAGGCACAGCUCUAGUCACAGACAACACCUUCAUUUGGAAUUUGUCCUCACAGGGAUGCCAACUCAUUGUGCUUCAGAAGGGAAAAAUAAACACCAAACAAGUCCUGUGUCUCAAUCAAGGAGCACCACACUUGUCCACAAGAAGCAAUAACUUAAAUUUCGGUGCGAUAUGCUUCUUUGCCUGUAAAUAUCUUGAGAUUGCCAAUUCUGUGCUGUUUCAGAGUAUUUUUUGUCAUCUUCCCUAAGUAUGUAAAGGUGUGAAAUAAUUCCCAUACUCAGGUCUGCCAUAAACAUGCUGCUUGCCAGCGGGGGAAGAGUAGAUUUGACACUGUCUUGAAAUGUGAGAUUUUUCUGAACUUGUAACAUACCUAUGUCUCUUCAGUAGCAACUCGUGUUUUGAAGUUCAUUGUGGAGGUGGCUGUGAGUUGGAUUGUAUAUAACCAUACCCCGUACAGUACCAAGAGAUCAACACUGCUGUCGGCACAGGGCACCCUUUGUGCUGGCUCUUACAAGUCAGUAUAUCUAUAAUAAUGCUUCCCUUUGCAAGGAGGUAGCUCAUUUUCUUUCAGUGUGUACAUUUGACAAUGAGUUCAGUGGGAUGUAAAAGCAAAAAUAUGAAGCACACCACAAAUUAUUGGCAUUUUAUUUUUGGGAGGGAUAAAGCCGAAAACAGAUGGUCUUAUUUGUAGUCAAGUUAGCUGUCAUAAUAGAGGGUAAGCGUACCGAGGUAUUUUGAAAUGGAAAACAUGUAGGCGACGUACAAAAACGUGGGUGGAUACUUGUGACCUUGGGUUUUUCCCUGCUUCCCCCCUUAUGACUGAAUCUCAAGAUUUAUACAUUUAUCCURCUACUUAAUGUUAGGAGCACUGGCUUUUUAAUUAAGCUUUUGCUGAAAGGCUGGAGAGCUGGUAAAAUGGACUCCCAGGAGACUGAAAUCUCAGCAAAUAUGGGAAAGAUAAUUUUUAUUCAGAAAUGUGGAUCUUWGGUGUUUCUUUGGAGGGAUAUGUCUGAUUCAUGAGAUAUGCUUAAGAAUGCUUUUAGUGUGCCACCUUUCCUGUGUGAGGGCUUUAGAAACUUGCUUAAUUUYUUUUGUGUUCCACCAAAAGGAAGGAACUUGGCACCCGAAUGUUACUGUUCUCUCUUCGUAAAUGGUGGUAAAACUAUGUUGGUUUUGAUACAGGCAGUGUUCUCUCUGAGUUUCUGUGGCUUUUAGCCACUUUCCCAUAUUGAAAGAGAGUAUUUUGUGCAGAUUUGGUAUUGCUGUGUUCCACGUACAAAUUCUGCUGUGCAGUUGGGAGUUUCCUGCUGAGAGACUACCACAGGCAGACUCUGUGGUUGUGUAGAAGUGCUGCUCUGGGAUUUUCCAUCUCACCUUUGCUGGUGGAGGAUUAUUUCUUUUUUUGAUGAGUGCUAUAUUUGAUGAUUCACUUUCCACCCUUCCAAGCUUAGGAGUCAUUUUAGGAUCAAUUUCUUCUCCUCUGAAGACAUGAUAUAUGUUAGGCCAUAUUCCCAUAAGGAUAGGCUUUUCAUUGGCAUCAGCAAAAGUGAUGUAAGAGGCAACUGGAAGAGAUUGGUUUCCUACAAUCCAGCCAAACAUGACUUUUUUCCUGAAGCUCCUAGCACUUAAUUUUUUGUCAUUCAAAACACUUUGCGUGAAGAAUUCAUGACAGAAAUACAUCCAGGAUUUGUUUCCUGAAUGGAAAAUUUGUGAUGUUUCUCUUUUUCCACAUAAGUUAACCUGCUUCUAAUAUCAAGUUGGAGGUGUUCUAGCCUGUUGGAGGUUAAAAAAAAAAAACAAACAAACCCAACCCAGUCUUUACUCUCAAAUUACAUUUGGCUAUCUUACUCCACAGUCAUAGGAUGGGUUCCCAAGCUGUGUGUGUUCUGUAAAGUCAUUUCUCAAGUAGUACAUCAGAGCUGAUGAUAGGAUAAGCUGUAAAAUGACCUCACUAUGGGGCAUUAUUAGCCGUUGAAGAAUUGCUCAGGUAGACCACUGUAGGAAUAUCCUGCACCUGCAAAAGGCUGGACUUGGUUCUGUCUUACAUCUAAUAAGUCACCAGUAUACAAGAACUAGAAGGCAGACAGCCCACUCACUGAUCUUUCUGGCAGCUUUUAAUCUAUCUGUGUUUGUUUGAGAGACUUUUGCCCUUGGGUGUGCUUUGGCAAAGAUUUUGCAAUGAUAAAUAGGAUUUGCUCGAUUUUGGCAGAGUUUCAAGUGUAAGUUACCCGACAUUACAAGAACAUAAUCUGUUGCUGAAUCCUGUUCUUGUUUUCCCUCAAAUCUGUCCCUUUUAUUGCUAAUUCGUUAUAUUUGAUAGUAAACACUUCUCAACAUGACUGGUCACAAGCUUUCAAGGUGUGAAAUGCUAAGAGGAAGAGACAUCAAAGCUUGAUUUUGUGCUCUUUUAUAUAUAAAGAUGAGGCUGGAAUAUUCAUUACCAUACAGUGAAGAAUUCUCCCCUAGCUGGUAUUGCCAAAGCACUAUAACUUUCAUGGAAGAAGGGAGGUGGCUUAGCUCUAGAGGGAAUGCUUUAAUGAACUAYUUAAGAACUACUGGUAACAAAUUUUAAGAGCUGCAGUGUGCACUGAAUGAGUGGUGAUCAGCGUUAACCUUAUCCCUUGAUCUCAUUCUGGCUCUUCCUAACCCUUUGGCAGAUAGCUGCUGGUGGGGAGCAGAGUGUGUAUUUUUUUUUUUUAUGCCUCUUCCUACAGAGCUAACCUUGCCCACAGUGAGUUAGAGGGAAGUCCAUGCUAACUUCUGAAAUGCCAUCUGUUCGUGCAGUGGUAAUGGAAAGAUACCUUCCAUCAUUACCCGGAGCAGAAAUUGGAAUGUAAUUUGCAAUGUCUAAUGUAAAUGUAAAAACAUAUUUGUUUGUUUUGUUGUUUUGGUUUAUUUUUUUUUAAUUGAGCAAUAUGAUUGCAAGUUGACUUAAGUUGUUCUGAGGUACUCUUUUCAGUGGUUUGCCAGUACAUAAUCACGAAUGAAAAUAUUUUUUUAUUGAUUUUUAGGUUGUAUGUUUAACAUUCCAUUCAUGUAAAAUAUGUACAAAUAUAUGUAAUAAAUCUUUUGAAGCACAGUUUUCCUCACACUUCCAGGUGAU